AUGUCAUCACUCCCUCCUAAUUGGAAUAGCAUGGAUGAUGCUAUUGAUGAUGAAAUUACAGAACAAUUGAUGGCAAAUAUGUUAUGGUUGAGUAAAAUGCUAGUUGAUAAACGUCAAAGUUCUUCCCAACCGAGAAAGAAAAGAAGAUAUAUCCAUAGGGAUCAUGAGUCAGGCCACAAUUGUUUAGUCGCGGAUUACUUCUCCGAUGAUCCCGUGUUUCUUGAAGACAUCUUUCGUCGACGUUUUCGAAUGAGGAAAGAAUUAUUUUUACGCAUAGUCAAUGCAUUGCAAAGUCGUUACGAAUAUUCUCAACAAAGACAAAGCGCUGCUAAUGUGUUGGGUUUAUCACCGCUACAAAAAAUCACCACAGCCAUUCGACAAUUGGCAUAUGGUGCACCAUCGGACGCAAUGGAUGAGUAUCUACACAUGGAUGAAACAACGCCGUAG